GACAGGGAGAGAGAGAACAGCCAUGCUCCUUGCUGGAUGGAUAGUGGGACAUCUCUGUUUGAUGGCUCUGCAGUGGGAAAGCGCAUUCGGGAAAGUGCUGGAGGAAACCUACAGAAAAUGGCUUCAGUAUCAAGAUGACUGCUUGAGACAGAUCCAGCAAGACCCACAACCAGCUGGUCUCUAUUGUAACAGAUCUUUUGAUUUGUAUGCUUGCUGGCCUGAUGGAGUGCCUGGAAUGAUGGUGAAUGUUUCCUGUCCCUCUUACCUGCCCUGGGCACAGACCGUUCAGCAUGGUGUAGUGCGUAGGCGCUGUGGUCUGGAUGGACAGUGGGUGAGAGACUCAGAGGGUCAGCUGUGGAGAGACAUGUCAGAGUGUGAGGAGGAACAGAGCGCAUACAUCCAGGAGCUGUGGUUAAAGCAGGUCAUGUUGAGUUUCCGGAUCCUGUACACGGUGGGAUACACUCUCAGCCUCCUCUCUCUUCUCUCAGCUCUGGUCAUUCUACUCAGUAUCAGGAAGCUGCAUUGCAUGCGCAACUACAUCCACGCCAACCUGUUUGUGUCGUUCAUCCUGCGGGCGGUGGCCGUGCUGCUGAAGGACUCCCUCAUGGACCAGCACUGGAGCCGGGAGAUCAACACACAGGCCGACCUACGAGACAUGCUGAGUCACAGGGCUGCUAUUGGCUGUCGUGUAGCACAGGUUCUGAUGCAAUACUUUGUGCUGGCCAAUCACUACUGGUUCUUUGGAGAGGCAUUUUACCUGCAUUCAGUCCUCAUCACCUCUGUCUUUACGGAAAACAACAAGUACCUGUCAUACGUUCUUCUUGGGUGGGGCACUCCUCUGAUGUUUGUCAUUCCAUGGAUGUUAAUGAAACUGUUGAAGGAGAAUAAAGAGUGUUGGGCAAUCAAUGAGAAUAUGAACUACUGGUGGAUCAUAAGAGUUCCUAUCCUGUUUGCCUCUCUGGUGAACUUCCUGAUAUUCAUGAAGAUCCUGAAAGUGAUUAUGUCGAAGUUGCGAGCAGACAACCAACAUCGUUACCCUGACUACAAACUCAGGUUGGCGAAGGCUACACUGACCCUCAUUCCGCUCUUCGGCGUCCACGAGAUGGUCUUCAUAUUUGCCACGGACGAGCAGACGAAGGGUUUGCUGCGCCUCAUCAAAGUCUUCGUCACCCUCUUCCUCAGCUCCUUCCAGGGAUUCAUGGUUGCUGUACUCUACUGUUACUCAAACAAAGAGGUAAAGGCAGAGCUACAGAAGUGUGUGCGUGGAUGGCGACGGAGACUGGAGGUGAUGUGCUGUGAGCAGUAA